AACAGUUGCAAAACAACUGCGGCGAAAGAAGUUGAUUUACAAGGAUACAGAUGGUGAGCAAGAAUGAAGGAAGAUUCAGUUAGUCUUUCGUCUUCCUCCGAAACAAACUCACCAAACCCUAAUCCUUCUCUCUCUUCGUAUUCGCGCCAACGCAACCGAAAAUGGCGCACUUCAGUUUCAAUCUCCUCCACAAUUUCGAACACACCAGGGAUUCGUAUGGAUUUGCAUUAAGGCCUCAAUACGCACAACGAUACAGGGAGUAUUUUCCCAUCUACAAGGAGGAGGAAGAUGAGAGAUCAGAUAAAUGGAGCGACUUUCUUGAACAUGCAACUGAAUCCUCUCGACCAACUUCUAAUGAACAUAAAGAAACAUUGAAGGCUGAACCUAAAAGUGACGAGGUAAACGAAGAGAGAAUUCCACAAAGGCCAAAUAAUGGGGAUGAUUCAAGUAGAAGGCAGUUUUGUGAGUUAGGAGAAGAGACUAGCAUAGGAGGUGACUCAAGUGACAGGAAGACUUCUGGAGGCACUGAGAUAAAAGAGGGUACUACUCCAGGGAGGGUUAGUGAAUGCGGUAUUUCAAGAGACAGGAAUUUUAUUUCUCACAGUGCAACCGGAAAUAUCUCUAGAAAGGAACUGCAUCAUUGUGAAGAAAGAAAGACUCGUAAGGUUGUUCAACACUGGGCUGAAAUUAGGCCAUCUCUUAUUGCCAUUGAAGAAAUAUUCAGUUCUCGUGUCAAGGGAAAGAAAAUGGAAGGUGCAGAAAUAAAUAGAAAUAAUAACCAUCCUCCAUCUAUAGAAGAAUCUAAACCUGUAGAUGAUGGUAGCAAUGGCUCAAAGGAAGAAAAUUCUUUAGUAGAUCAGAACUUACCUGAACUUUUCUCUCGAUGGAAAGAACUUGAGUCCCUUGUUCAAGGAGGAGUCCCGAAGGAUCUUAGAGGAGAGGUCUGGCAAGCCUUUGUAGGUGUGAAGAUGCGACGGGUGGAAGGCUAUUAUGAGGAUCUGUUAGCUCGUAACGAAAGUGAGGAGCAAGAUGUCUCAUCUGCUGCAUUUGGGAAAUGGAAAAAGCAGAUUGAGAAGGACUUACCACGAACUUUCCCAGGUCACCCUGCUUUGGAUGAAAAUGGCAGAAAUUCCCUGAGGCGUUUACUACUAGCAUAUGCUCGACAUAACCCUCAAGUUGGGUAUUGUCAGGCAAUGAAUUUCUUUGCUGGUUUAUUGCUACUUCUUAUGCCAGAAGAAAAUGCCUUUUGGGCAUUUGUUGGCAUUAUUGAUGAAUAUUUUGCAGGCUAUUAUACUGAGGAUAUGAUAGAAUCCCAAGUGGACCAGCUUAUUUUUGAGGAAUUGAUGCGUGAAAGAUUCCCCAAACUGGUUAAUCAUCUGGAUUACUUGGGAGUGCAGGUGCCAUGGAUAUCUGGAUCUUGGUUUCUAUCAAUCUUUGUAAAUGUAAUUCCUUGGGAAAGUGUUCUUCGAGUUUGGGAUGUGCUACUAUUUGAAGGGAACCGUGUUAUGCUAUUUCGAACAGCACUGGCUCUAAUGGAAUUAUAUGGUCCGGCAUUACUUACAACAAAAGAUGCUGGUGAUGCAAUUACGUUACUGCAAUCACUUGUUGGUUCAACAUUUGAUAGCAGUCAACUUGUCUUUACGGCUUGUAUGGGUUAUCCAGCAGUGACUGAGGCCAGAUUGAACGAACUAAGAGAUAAACAUCUGCCAUCUGUAUUAGUUGUCAUAGAAGAAAGAUCUAUGAAGGGAAGGGCUCUUAAGGAUUCCAAAGGGAUUGCAACUAAACUGUAUAGUUUCAAACAUGAUCGAGGGUCUCGGGUAGAAGAAAGAAAAACCACCGAAGAAAGUGUUGCAGUAGCUGAUGCGAGUGUGCAAUUAGAAUCUCAUUCCUCUAAUUUAAAUGAAAUGCUCAAUAGCCUCAAUGUUGAUUCAGAACUGGAGGCCCUUCCAGAUCCCCAGGAUCAGGUGGUUUGGUUGAAGGUUGAAUUAUGCAGGUUGCUGGAGGAGCAAAGAUCUGCCAUACUCAGGGCUGAGGAGUUAGAAACAGCUUUCAUGGAGAUGGUGAAGGAAGACAACCGUCUGGAGUUGAAUGCAAGGAUUGAGCAAUUGGAGCAGGAGGUAGCCGAGUUACAACAAGCCCUUGAUGAUAAGAAAGAACAAGAAGUUGUCAUGCUGCAGGUUCUAGUGCGGCUAGAGCAGGACCAAAAAGUUACUGAAGAUGCUCGCAGAAGAGCAGAGCAAGGACUAGCAGCUCAGAAAUUAGAAGUUCAUGAGCUUCAGGAAAAGUACGACAAGGCCGUGCAAUCAAUUGCUGAUAUGCAAAAGCGAGUUGUUAUGGCAGAAAGUAUGUUGGAGGCUACCCUUCAAUAUGAGUCUGGCCAAUCUAAAGCACUUUCUUCUCCAAGGGCUGGUCGUGUACAAAGCCCAAAGUCUGAUAACCCCUCCCGGAAAAUUGGUUUGCUAAGGUUUGGACUUGGCUGGCGUGACAAAAACAAGGGAAAACCAAAUGCUGAGACCGAGGAAGCUGGCGAAAGUUUGCAUAGUAAUGGCUCUCCGAAAAAAGAAUCCGAUACCCAAGAAACUGAUAGAUAGAAUUCACAUGUGCCACAAGAAUCCCACCCGUUGCGUUCCUGCUACUAAGGAGUUAUUAGUAGUUUCUGAUUAUAACUGCCCAAUUUUCUAUGUUAAUUGUCUCAUAAAGUUAGGGGAGGAAUCCAUUGUGAGGAAUGUUUUAUAUGUUGAUAGGCCAAUUAGAUGUAGAAAGCACAUUCUGUCUUUGACUAAAACUACCCAGUCUUUCGAAAACGCUGUGUCUUUAUCUGUUUUUAUAUAAAUUAGGCGGAACAACCGUGCCAUUACCAUAGUUUAACGCCUGCAAAUAUGCACUUCCUUCGUCCACAUGCAUGAACAGUUCAGACAUAAA